GCCUUGCAGCAAGGUUUUCCUUCUGAGGUAUCAUUGGAUGAAAUGUUUGACUUUUUUUUUAAUUUCAAUUGUUUUGAUCAUUGACUUUCUUCUUGCUACCAAUAUUUGCAGAAUUGGGGGGCAAAUUUUGGAUCCCACUUCAACUAGAGACUUUCCAGGAGCAGCUUAAUUGGUUCUUCAUUGAUAGAGCCAGUAUAUAUCUUCCACAAGAAUGGCAAACACUGCAAAUAACACAAAGAUGAAGGGCCUCUUGAAAGGCCUAAGAUACAUUUCUCAAAUUUUUGAUGAUAACAAAGGCCAAGAAAUGCAGAUUGGGUUUCCUACAGAUGUAAAGCAUGUGGCUCAUAUAGGAUGGGAGGGUCCAUCAACUGCUGCUGGUUCUCCAAGCUGGAUGAAUGAGUUUCAAGCUCCACCUGGAUAUUCAUCAGGACCUUUAAGCAAUGGAGAGACAAAAGAGGAUCCUGGGGUCAAAUGGGUCUCUCAAGAUUCAAGCCGGAAGGGUAGUUCAAGGGGUGCUAGGUCUCCGGCACAUGACACGCCGGAUUUGCCAAGGGCGUCGCCACAGCAAACAUCAAGUGGGCAUGGAGAUGGUGGAAUCGACUCCCCUAAGAGGGAAAGAUCAGAUAAACCGAAGCAAACAAGGCGGUCUUCUAAGAAUAGGGACACAACAGAUAGUAUUACUAGAGGUAUCCGGCAAUCCAUGGAGUCAAUUCAUGGCAGUGAAUCGCCGCAAAACCCGCCAGACAUCCCUAAGAAAACGCGGCGAAAGAAAUCCAAAGAUUCCUCUGUUGGGGGGGCAUCAAGAAAGGCUAAACCCCAUGCUAGUUCAGAAACAUGCACAGAUCCUGGACACCAACCUGCAACUACUUAUAAAUGUAAUAGCAAAGACCAUCUAUCUCAGAAUUCUUUUCAAGAGGGGGAAGACAAGGGAUUUACAUGAAUUUCUUCACAAAAUUGAUUAUUGGUGUAGCUAGAAUAAAAUGUAUCAGGGAAGUGAAGCCAAACAAUUGUAACUUCAGUGUAAUAACAUCAUUUCAAUUUUUGAACA